AUGGUGAUUAGUUUACGACAGUUUUUAAGCCCCCUGACUGCAGUUUCUUGCAUCGGCGAUGGAGGUUUUGAUGAAGGAGAAGAAUGUGCUAGUGUGGAGGUAGGGCUGGAAUGUGGACAUCAUGGACUCGAAAGAAUCCAGGUGGGAGGUUUUUUGGUUGUCCAAAUUACAUGGAUGAAGAGAAGGACUAUGGGAGUUGUUGCUAAUGGAGGUGUAGUUGUUCCUUUUAAUAACCAUGUUAAUGAAGUUGAAAAAGUUGUUGAUGACCCUAUUGCCCCUGUAAAUGUCGAUGGCCCUAUUGCCCCUAUAAAUGUUGAUGGCCCUAUUGCCCCUGUGAAUGCCCUUGAACCUGAUAAUCAAAUUGCAAUGCUUGAGAAUGCACAUGUGUCUGCUAAUGAACUUGGAGUUUGGAAGUGGAUGAUGGUUUGCUUCUAUUAUUUCAUUGUAGGGAUGAUGUAUGGUUAG